AAGAGAGGGUAUCAGAUCAUUUGGAGCUGGAGUUGCAUGCAGUUGUGAGCCGCCUGAUAUUGGUGAUGUGAGCCCAACUCUAAUCCUCUGGAAGAGCAGGAACCACUAUUAACAGUCUUGGUGAGGUGGGUGACUCUCCAGGAUGGGAGACAAGCCAAUUUGGGAGCAGAUUGGAUCCAGCUUUAUUCAGCAUUACUACCAGUUAUUUGAUAACGACAGAACUCAACUAGGCGCAAUUUACAUUGAUGCAUCAUGCCUUACGUGGGAAGGACAGCAGUUCCAGGGGAAAGCUGCCAUUGUGGAGAAGUUGUCUAGCCUUCCGUUCCAGAAAAUCCAGCAUAGUAUCACGGCACAGGACCAUCAGCCUACACCAGAUAGCUGUAUCAUCAGCAUGGUUGUCGGCCAGCUCAAGGCCGAUGAAGAUCCCAUUAUGGGUUUCCACCAGAUGUUUCUAUUGAAGAACAUCAACGAUGCUUGGGUUUGCACCAAUGACAUGUUCAGGCUUGCCCUGCACAACUUCGGCUGACCUCUCCUGGCCAGACACUCAUGCUGUUUCCUCCUCCCUCCUCUUCCCAAUACUAUCUCACUCCUCCAGAUGCUCCAAAUAUCAUACACAAUCGAGCAGGGCCGCGGUGGGAGUGGUGCAGUGCGCGUCUGUCUCCACGGUGUUGUGCAUGAUGUUUGGAUGCUAGACUAGUUGCAUCUGACAGGAGAAGUUUGUGUUGUACCAGCGCAUGCCUUGGAAAGACUUAAGUAAUGCAAAAGAUUGUCGGUUUUUGGUUUCGUUUUAUUUUGUUUUUUAAUCUACUGACAAGUUGCUCUAGUAACCCAAAGAAGUGAAGGAGAAAGCAGCUGCCUCACCGCCCAGAUAUUGAUUUGUUCAGAUGUUUCAAUGCCUCAUGAUACAAUAAAACCACAAAUGUUUUCUUAACAGUUUAAAUUGUUUUAAUUAGUUAACUAGUUGUCUGGGCAUCAACAAUUCUGGCCAAUUGUCUCUCAUGUCCCCUUCCCAUCUCUGCCUCACCUUAACAUUACCUGCUGCAAGGAGCAAAUUGGCUGAAGUUAGCAUCCCAACUAAGUUUCUCUCAAGCUUGCUAGGGGCAGAGUUCUCUCCACCCCACUUGGUCUUUGGGAAGCAGGAAGAGCUGGAAGCAGAUCUGGCCUGAAGCUUGUCCUGUACUGAAGGCUCUUCAGUCGGUUCUGCCUGACACCUCCUGUGGCCUCUGCUCUGAGUGGGUUCAGGUCUAGUAGCAGGGUAGAUGAUUCUCCUGUAACAGCUAGAAAGGCCUUGAUAAAUAUGGUUUCCCAUGUUUAGACUGUGGGUUGAAGUACCAGAUGGGGGUACCUGCUUUAUUCCCCAAAGGGUCAGGAUCACAUUCAGAGUGCCCACAUUGCCUAAGCAAAGCAAGAGAUGCUGUACCACCUGCUUGGGAUAUCAGCCAGGCCCCAUUGAGUUGGAGUAUAAAUUACACAAUAUGGAAGAAAUCUGUGAAGGAGUCAUGCUCUAGUUCUCCUGCAGGGCAUUUAUACACCAUCUUACCUUCCACACACCCCCAUGCGCUCUUCAAAUCCCAGGAAGUCUUAACUAUUAGGGCAGUUUCCGCCCUACUCCUUAGUUUGGGCACAUGUCUUGCCCAGUACAAAUCUAGCUUUUCAUCCUUGAGACCUCUGGAUAUUAUAAAGCUGGUAUCAAAAUAGCAACUGCAGGCUAGAACCAGGUCUAGGAUUGGUCGGGCACACCUGAAAGCCCCCCGCUCCAUCCUGAACUGUGGGGGGAGUGAAUUUUUUCAUGCUCCAUGGGUUGCUUGGUUACACCAGCAUAGUCCUGGACAGCACACAGGAGGUAUCGGUGGGACUGAUCUCUGAGCUGCUGUGUAUUGGGGGAAGUAGGGGUGGGGGAGAGGUAGAUACCACGGCCUCUUAAUCCACCCUGUAUAAAAUCUGCAAUACAGCUUCUUCCAUGUACCUGUGCCUGAAAUGUCUGCAAUAAAGAGGUGUUUGUAAA